GUCUUUCACAAAUACCAUUUUAGUGCAACGGUCACACUUUAGGGCGUGUUGUCUUCCGAGUUGACUUAAUGAUAUUUUGAUAUAAAGAACAAAUGGGUGCGUCCAACCGUAUUUUGCAAGUUGCCGUCUGCGUGUCCGUGUUUUCAUUAAUAUGUUUUGUUAUCGCGUUUUCCACACCCUAUUGGCUGGUUACAGACGGUGGUUUACAAAACCCGCGAUUCACAAACCUGGGCCUAUGGGAAGUUUGUUUUAACAAUUUCCAGGACAUACACCGAUUUUUUGACAAUCCCUUUAACGGAUGUUUAUGGGUUUUCGAAGAGGAAUAUUACAUCAUACACGAUUUCCUCCUGCCUGGUUUCUACAUAUCCGUUCAACUUUUUGCUACGCUAUGCUUCGUAAUGUGCCUCGUCGUUAUACCACUCACUGCAGCAUUUCUCCGCACCUCUCGCGAUGAUGACAGGUACAUGGUGCUCCUGUUGGCGAUAGGAUCAUGCCAGGUUGUGGGAUCGGUCUUCGGAUUUAUUGCUGUGGUCAUUUUUGGCGCAAAAGGAGAUUCUCGGGAUUGGAUGCCUGGAUGGCAGAACAACGAUAUGGGUUGGUCAUUUGCUCUGGGUGUCGUUGGAGCUGUGCUGCUACUGCCUGCCGGUGUACUCUACCUGGUAGAAGCGCGUCGAGAAAGGUACAAGCGUCUAAACGAAAUCAGUAAUCGGGAGAUCAGUGAAUACGGAGAUGAGUAUUACCAGAACCAGGCCCCCCCCGCAGCGCUACCUUCUGCACCGUCGCCAUAUGAAUCCUAUUUUGCAUCAGAGCCAAGUCGUCCACGAAGACCACAGCAAAGUAGUUCAUCAAAUUCCGCUGUACACGGAGGAAUUCAAACAGAUAUAUAAAAUCAAAUAGAUUAUGAAUUUGAAGAAAUUAUCCGUCCAUUUACACAGUAUAUUUUCGAAUAUUUACAUAUAUUUAAGAUGUAAGGUAGAUUAAUCAUUU